AUGACAGCUGAAGAUCCUGCUUCCUCUUCAACCAUGAGCAACAAUACUGCCCCCUCCAAACCCUGCAAAUCCACGGGUGCCUCACACCAUGCUGUCCUCGGACAGAUCAACAUUCCGGAUGGUGUUGCAGGGACUCCCAAUGAGGCUGCACUGGUGGCCUUGAUGGAGCGCACUGGUUAUGGUAUGGUCCAAGAAAAUGGACAACGUAAAUACGGCCCUCCUCCCGGUUGGAACAGCCCUUCUCCACCAAGGGGAUGUGAGAUCUUUGUGGGCAAGAUCCCAAGAGAUGUCUAUGAGGAUGAGCUCGUUCCUGUGUUUGAGUCUGUGGGACGCAUCUAUGAGAUGCGCCUGAUGAUGGACUUUGAUGGGAAGAACCGAGGCUACGCAUUCGUAAUGUACACUGAGAAACACGAGGCAAAGCGAGCUGUGCGGGAGCUCAACAACUACGAGGUGCGUCCUGGGCGACUCCUCGGGGUCUGCUCUUCCGUGGACAACUGCCGUCUUUUCAUUGGCGGUAUCCCCAAAACCAAAAAGCGUGAGGAGAUUCUGGAGGAGGUCUCCAAAGUGACCGAGGGUGUGCUGGAUGUGAUAGUUUAUGCCAGUGCAGCAGACAAGAUGAAGAACCGUGGCUUUGCCUUCGUAGAGUAUGAGUCGCACCGUGCGGCCGCCAUGGCCCGCAGGAAACUAAUGCCAGGUCGUAUUCAGCUGUGGGGACACCAGAUUGCAGUGGACUGGGCAGAACCAGAAAUCGAUGUGGACGAAGACGUCAUGGAGACAGUUAAAAUACUGUAUGUUAGGAAUCUCAUGAUGGAGACAAGCGAGGAAACAAUUAAACAGGUGUUUAGUCAGUGGAACCCAGGAUGUGUAGAGCGUGUUAAGAAAAUCCGUGAUUACGCCUUUGUUCACUUCAUAUCCCGUGAUGAUGCCGUGCUGGCCAUGGACCACCUCAACGGAACGGAGGUGGAGGGCUCCUGCGUUGAGGUCACACUUGCCAAGCCAGUUGAUAAAGAGCAGUACUCUCGCCAGAAGGCCUCAAAGGGGGUACCUGCUGCUCCAGAAGCUCCACAACAGAGCUAUGUUUACCAGUGUGACCCUUACACAUUGGCCUACUACGGUUAUCCCUACAACACACUUAUUGGACCCAACAGGGACUACUUUGUGAAAGCAGGUACUGUGCGAGGUCGUGGUCGCGCUACCACAGGUAACCGUACCCCUGGUCCCCGGGGAUCAUACCUGGGGGGUUACUCUGCUGGUCGUGGCAUCUACAGCCGCUACCACGAGGGUAAGACCAAGCUGCCCGAAAAGUCCUAUGAACUGAUGCCCAGUCUGGAGCUUGCUGCCUCCGUCAACCCAGUUGCCAUCAAACCAGGCACAAUGGCAUUGCCAACUUUGGCUGGACAGUACCCAGUAUUCAGUGCGGCCCCGGCAGCCAAGCUGAUGGAGGAGGGCAAGGUGCACACUGUGGAGCACCUUAUCAACCCUCUGGCCAUGCAACACCCUGAACAUACCGCUGCUCCUGCUGCCGCCGCUACGGUUCUGCCUGUCUCCACUCCACCUCCUUUUCAGGGUCGUCCAAUCACUCCUGUCUAUGCCAUGGCCCACAAUGUCCCCCGCAUUCAAGCAGCUGGUGGCCUGUACAGUGCCGGAUACGUCCCUAUCACAAACUAUGCGGCCAACACGGCCGCUCUGGCUGCCCUGCAGAAGAACGCAGCAGUUGCGGCCGCGGCGUACGGAGGCUACGCUGGCUACGCCGUGCCGCAGGCCUUCCCGGCGACGGCCUUCCAGCUGCCCAUCCACGAUGUCUACCAGUAUUGA